AUGACAAGGAGGGUACCCCUGGGGUACCCCAAGAGAACCAAUGACUGGAGAGACGGCGCUCACUGUAGAGGUAUAACCUCUGGAGUCACCACCGAUCGACGCGGACGCUUCGCCGAGGUACCAAGAAAAACAAGAAUACAAGAAUACAAGAAUACAAGAAUGCACACACAAAACAAAUCACGUGACCAACAUCCCAGAAAAUCAAACAAACAAACAGACAGUAAGUAA